AUGGCUAGUUCUUCAACAUCGGGAGCAGAAUCACUAGUUUACACAUACAAAAAAUUAGUAGUACCUGUUUCGAUGAGAAGUAUUUACUGGAAAUAUUUUGGUUUUCCUGCCUCUGAUAAAGGAGAAAUUAUAACUAAAUUAAAAAUUAUAUGCAUACUUUGUAAAUCACAAAUAGCUUAUAAUAAAAAUACCAAACUUAUUAAAAUAGAAAGUCAAGUUGCUCUAGAUGAUAGUAAUAAAGGUAAAGUAAUUAAAAAACCUGUUAAAAUAAAACAGGAUGUUUCAUUAGGAAUCGAAGAAGCCGGGAGUAGUAAUGAAGAAUAUUACAUAUCUGAAGAAACACCUCAAUUAUUUCAUUUAGACGGAAGCGAAGUCGAAGAAACUAAAGAAAGCAAAUCGAUAACUGAUGCGAUUGCAAAUUUUGUAAUAGCAGAUUUACAAUCUCCUUAUGUUGUCGAUGGAAGAGGUUUUCAAAGACUUCUUGUCACUCUUAAAUCACCCUGCGAAAUUCCUAGUACAAUGAAACUUACUUAUGAUUUAAUACCAAAGAUUUAUAAAUCGACUAAAGAGAAUCUUUUAUUAGAAAUUUGUAAUUUAAGUUCGGAUGUGGGCCUAACACUGGAAGAAUGGACAUCGAUUAGUAAUCACAGUUUUUUAACUAUUAGUGUAUAUUAUCAAAAUGCUAACAAUGCUGUCGUUUGUAAAGUAUUGAGUACGAUUCACAUUUUGCCUACCAUAGAUUCCAACACAUGGGAACACAUAUUAGAAUCAGUUUUGUCGGAAUGGAAUAUAGAUUAUGGAAAAGUGACAGCUGUAACGUUUGCAACAUCACGUGAAGAAAUUUUAGCGGCCAUGUAUAAUAAAGGAUAUACGUUAAUACCCUGUUUUGAAUAUACAAUCAAAGAAUGCAUGAGACUUUGUUUUGAAAAUGAAGGGAUAAGAGAAAUAGUUGGUAAAGUUCGAGGAAUCAUUUCUUCGAUACUAAGAAAUUCCCACGCAUUAGAAUCAUUAACGGUUCAAGAAUCUUCUGCAGAGGCUCGAUUAAAAAAGAAAAAUGUCAAUUUACAGAUAGAAGGAACAUUACAAUUAGAUAACGAAACGUUUUGGGUAACAACGUUAAACAUGUUGGAACAAUUCAUAGCUAAAAGAGAUAUUAUUGAAAAUAUUUUACAAGAUCUCAUUGAAUAUCCUUUGAAAAGUGGAUUGGAAAUGAUGGAAUGCGAUUGGGAAGUCGUACAAGAUUUAAUAACACUUUUAGAACCUUUUAAGGUGACACUCAUGACGUUAAGCGAAGAAAAAAUUCCAUUGAUAUCACUAUUAAAACCUUUACUUUGGCAAGUUAUUAAUAAUAAGCUUAAAGAAAAAGAAACGGAUUCGUUGACUUUACAACAUUUAAAAAAAAUUAUCAUUGAUGAUUUAUCAUUUCGAUACAACGACGAACAAAUAUCACCUUUGUUACAAAUUGCCACCAUGUUGGAUCCAAGGUUUAAAUUGUUACCUUAUACAAGCGACGAAGAAAAAAUGGCGACCGGCGAACUCAUAAAAGGAAUGUUGACAAAAGUUAUUGAAGAUCAAGUGCCACCCACGGAAGAACCCGUUGCGAAAAAAAGUAGAUUAUCAGGUACGAUGGUACCAUAUGGAAUGGCACUUUUUAAAAUACAAAAAGUAAAAGCGGAUCCAUCGGAAAAUGCAAACAUCGAAUACAAUCAAUUUUGCACGGAUGCGAUUCCACCCCUCGACUCUUGUCCCGUUCAAUGGUGGUCGAACAAUCGUAGAAAAUAUUUAAAUUUGGCACUUUUAGCCGAUAAAUAUAUUUGCGUUCCUGCCUGUGCCGUUUUACCCGGGAAAAUUUCAGUUGAAAAUCAAAAUAGUUUUAAUAUAAAAAGAUCAUCGUUUACAACGGAUCCAAAUCUAUUAGAUAAAGUAUUAUUUUUACACACUGUUAUUAAUAGAAAAAAAUUAGUUUAA